AUGUUAAACAGAGUUGCAAACCUUGGCUCGAACUCCCAAAUUCCCCGUGGUAAUACUUUAACUAACGAACGAAACUCAGAAAAAAAGAAAAGGUCGAUUUUUCGCACGUCUCGUUCAGCAUCGAAAUCGCGUCAAAACAUAUCAUCAUCUGCUAUAUGGAAUAAUCAUAGUAGUAGCAACAUUAGAUAUGAUAAUAGUAAUAAUAAGGACAAUGAAAUUUUUUCAUAUCCAAAGGACUUAUCCUGGGAACAAAUAAUAACGAAUGAUGGCUUUAAAAAGCAUUUUCUUAAAAUAUUUUGUGAAAAAGUACGUGAAGGAGAUCAUUUUAAAACUAUAAGAAUUAAUGGUUCAACAACGGCAGGAUCAGUUGUUAAAGAGUUAGUUGACACUUAUUAUUUAAAAUAUGGGACACGUGAUGAUUUUUGUUUAUAUGAAAUUAUUGGACAUAUUCAACCAGUUCCAUCCCCUCAUUUAUCAGCCACACCGAUUUGGUCUUUCACUGAACGUAAUACUCGUCAAAUAGAUUUAAAUGAAAAUAUUAUCUCAUUAUUACAAAACACCAUUCCAGGUUACGGAUUAUGCCGGAGAUUAGAACUCAGACCCGUAAACAGUGACUAUAAUACAUCUGGAUCCAUGUUUAUGAAAGGAAGUAGAAGUGUAGAUGGUUCACAGGCUAGUUUACGAGGUUCUGUUUCAACUUCUCAAACUACAUUAAAUUCAUCAAGAUCUUGUACACCUGUAAAUGGAAUUACACACUUCAAAGAUUCUCGACGAGGUCGCGCAUUUAGAGGACUACAAAUUCCACAUGGACCUUAUUUCCUUUUAUUACGUGGUAAUCAACCAGAUCGUGAUAUUCUUUUGCAUGAUGUUACCAAGUUAAUCAUUGAUAAUGCAAUGCAGUCAUAUAUGACUGUUGGUUAUGGGAAACACGUUGAUAUUCGGCUAUAUCCUACACCAUCUGAAAUGAAUUCAUCUGAAGGGGAUUCUAUUAUUGCAAAAGUUGUAGGUUAUAAUGUACUGAGCACAUCAAAUAAUUCAUCUAAGGAAAGUUUAGUAUUUCUUGAACCAUGGGAUCAGGGUAUGGAUCCCACUGUUAGUUCUAGUGGUUCAGUGACACCUAAUAGUUUUCAUCGUAUACAAGAUAAUAUUGAAAUUUAUGUUAAUGAUAACUUGGUCAAACCAUCUUGUUCACUAAAAUUCCAAAGACAACAACUUCGUCCUGGUGAUCUCGUCUUUUUGGUUCACGUAAACGUGGUUAUGUUUAUUUAUUUAAAGAUCCAAGGUGUAUACCCGACCAUAAAUUAG